UAUGUGUGUGUAUAUAUCAACCUCACUAGCUUAAUUAGCGCCAUUAAUUAAAGAACUUGAGUUGAUAGCACAAAUCGAAGGAAGAAAAUGCAGAGCAUCCAUUCACGCCGGCAUCAGGUGGCCGCGGCGCCGCCCUCUCCCCGCCUGCUACGGAGCAGAAGUGGAAGUCCGGCGAUGUCAGCGCUGGAAACCCACACCCCCGCCAAGCCAUCAGUCCGCCGCUCGAACUCCACGACGAGGUCAAAAACCAGCAAGAUUAACGAAGGGAACUUGAGCCCUGCAAAGAACGAUCAAGACGGGAGAAUUGGUGAUUAUGGUUUUGCGAAACUCCUUCAGCGUAGUCACCGCUGUGCCGAUUCGGCGGCGAAGAGGAACAGGCCGGCUCCUAGUUCCCCUUCUGCGUGGGCGUUGUCACCGGGGCGAGCUCUGCCGCUUUCUCCGGCGGCGACGAAGUCUCCAAAUUGUGGGAAACAAAAGACCGAACUCGCCGGCGGCCGGGGUGGCGCUAUGGACGGGGUUUUGAGGUAUUUUAGGCAGAAGAAGGCGCCGAAGCUGCGAGAGGAAGAGUUUCAUCGGCUUCGGAUACUGCAUAAUAGAUUGUUACAAUGGAGAUUUGUGAAUGCUCGCGCCGAGGCUUGGAGAACUUCAACGAAGAUAGUUGCAGAGGAGAAACUGUUGAAUGUUUGGAUACGGACAUUUCAGCUGAGAAGUAGUAUCGUGGAAAGGCGAGCCAAGGUACAGAAACUGAGGAACGAGAUAAAGCUUCAUCGUGUAGUGAAUCCACAGAUUGGUUUGCUGAAAGAAUGGGGAAGGAUGGAGAGCAAGUUCUCGGAAGCCGUCGGCAGGGUGACGAGAAAAUUGUCGGCAAUCGCAGUCAGACUCCCACUCGUCCACGGAGCGGAGGUAGCAAAUGUGUCGUCUGUGAAUAACAUGAUGAAUGUGGCAAUGGAAGUGAUGGAAGACAUAGAAGGCGUCACCACCAAGUUCCUGCCUCAGGUGGAGAGGAUAUGCUUUCUAAUUACAGAGCUGAUAGUAAUGCAGAAGCAACAAGAAGAACAUAUGAAGGAUCUUCAAAAGACGAUUUCCACAACUGCUUCUUUAGAGGCAAAAGAAAGAAGUUUUAGAGUACAUCUCUCUCAAAUAGCCAUGCAUGGAGACGCAGCAAAUUUGAUGGAAGCGUAUUGUAUUAACAAUUGAACCUCCCAUCAAAUUUAAUGAAAG